AUGGAACACUCAUCUGCAGGUGCUAUGGGCUCUGAUGGUGUACAGAGAAAGUAUCUAGAAGACCACAUCUGCCACGCAUACGACGACAUACAAGGACUUCCCGACUCCUCAUCGCGCAUCUUCACCAGAUCUCCCGGACCAGAGCUCCAACGCGACCGCGAUAACCGUAUCAUAAUCUAUCCUGGAUCUUUCAAUCCACCACAUGUAGGUCACAUCGCGCUCCUCUGGCACGCCUAUCUCAACAUGGACGCGAACACCAUAGCAGUCAUGAUCUUUGCUCUUGGAGACGACUUACUUGCCUCCAAAGAUCAUGUCACGAACAACAAGGGUAAAACGUUUAUACUCUCGCACUACCAGCGCCGCCAGCUUUGGAAAGACGAUGUUCUAGGAAGAUUCGCGUGGGCAUUCCCAUCGCACGAUGACGACAAGUUGGACCUGUUUAUGGCCACUAUCAAGCGGUUAGCGAAGGCGGAUGGCUUCAAGGUAUCCUUUCUAAUACUGUACGGAGGCGAUUACAUCAGUCAGAAGACUGGGGUCGAAGGACUGUGGGGUGGGGAUGACAAUACUUGCAUCGGCAGUGAUAUCACACGACCCAUGGACUUUGUUCCUGACGAUGGUGUUGGAUUGUUACAACUGGAAGGCUGCGACAAGUGGAAAACGAUGAAGAGCGGAAGUCCAGAAUGGACAGGGAAAGAGGAGCAAAUCCCAGAUUGCUGGCCUUGCUGGCCCUGUGCAAAGAUGCGUAAGGUCUCCCCCGAAGGUGUCCAGAAUCAUGGUUCGUUCUCGUUCACGACGCAGCAGUCUCGCGAUGAGAUCAACUGUACGGUACCAAACGGCGACUUGCUCUGCAUAUACCUGGGCUUGGACCUUCUUUGGACGGAGAACGGAACAUAUGAGCAGUUGAUAGGCGGCAAGCGUUGUGAGGACGAUUUAUGGUUGGAAAAACUGAGGAAGAACCAAGCACACGAGAAUGGAAAUAAGCCAAGGCGGAGGUCGUCAUCUCUUUGA